AUGUUCUGGGGAAUAAGUCCAGCUCUAGAUUUGCAAAAGGAAUAUCUAAAGCAUGGAGAUAAAAGUGCUUACGAACUUAAUUUUUUGGUCAUCGGAGGCUGUGAUGCGAGACAUCUCAUCAAAACUUUGGCUCAAGCAUAUCAACAUACAAGACGAUAUAUGAACAUAUUUGUGAUUGAUGGCUGUCCGGAACUCGUUGCUCGUCAAAUAUUUCUGCUAUCUUUAGCUUUAGAAAGGACGACUCGAUGUGGUUUAUUGGAGAAAACUCGCCGGUUUCUGGAAGUUUAUGGAAAUUUACUUCUCCGCACCCCUACUUCAAGGUAUUUAAUUGCGAAAGCCCGUGAAUUAGUUGGCAUGAUUACUAACCCUGAGUACAUGAGUUACCUGCUCCCUUGUAUAUCUGUCGACCAAAUGAAAUAUCGAGAAAGAGAUUAUAUGGAAAAUCUUUUUAAUUUUUGGACUACUGGCAAUACAAACCAGUUCAACACUUGCGAGUUGUGGGAUCAUCGUUUGCGACAGAGUCUUGGGAUGAGAUAUGAUAACAGGGUUGGAAUAUACGACUGGGACUAUCAUAUGCGCCUUAAAGAAGUAGCGAGUCAGAUUUGCUUUCAAGAAUACAAGCAUUUUAGAGAACAUGGUGUCGCUUUUACUUGGUUAGAAACUGAGGUAUGCCGACCAAAUGUUUCUCUAGCAGCUGGAGUCUACAAAUGUGGAGAUAGGUUCUUGCACCGAGGUUAUCUUGGAGAUUUGGUGACUUCACCACUCAUCGCAUAUGGUCUCGAUUGCGAAGAUAAAGAUAUGCUAAAAUCAUCUCAUGGAGUGAAUUACAAGCGCGCAACAGAUGUAUCCGAAAGAAAUGUUAUGCGGAUGCUAUAUGAGCUUGAGCAUCGUAAGCCAUUUGAUGUAAAUAUUUUUAACAUAGAUAGUCAUCAGAAUUUAGGCAUGGCUGUGCUAAGUGAAUUCGACGCAAAAAUGUCUGAAAGUGGCCCUGAGGUACCAUUACUUUUACGUGAAGAUCGCGAUACUUACAUUGAAGUUGACUAUGGAAAAGUGCAUUUUCUGUCCCUCUCUGCUCUAGAACACUAUCCACAUAAGCCGCAGUUCCAAGGCUUGUUCCACGGUGUCUUUGUUGGACACAAUGUACUGCCGCGGGUCAAGCCAAGUCUCUGGUCCAUGGCACGUGAUGACGCCAUUGUUAUAAUGGAAUCCAGGAAAUAUAUGGUGGAGCUAAAGAGAGAUGAUGUAAAAGCUUACGGAGAACAGAUUCAACAAGCAGCCACGACCGCUCAGUGCGAGAAAAUUGGUUCUUUUAAUGCUGAGAAAGAUGACUACGCCAGGGCGCGGGAGGCCCGAGGUGCGCUCGAGGGGCCCUGGGGUCUUCCUGGGGCGCGGCGGGGGGCGCCAGGGCGUCAGUGGGUGUACUCCGGGAAGGCAGCGGGGCGCUCGCUGCCGGAGCUACCCGUCGGAGAGCGCGGGGAGACCGGCGAGCGCGGAGAGUGCGGGGAGCGCGGAGAGCGCGGAGAGGUCGGCGACGGGAAG